AUGAUAAUUGGGCACGAUCGGACAGGGAAGACCAGUCUAAAGAAAUCUCUGAAGGGAGAAAAGUUCAAUCCAAAGGAACAGAGCACUGAAGGAAUAGAGACUGAUCCUGAAUACUUUAAGGUUUCGAGGGAAAUUUGGAGAACAGGUGACAACGACGAAGAAAGUGAACCUUUUUCAGAGGCUUGCUUUGAGCACCAUAUAGCACGGUCGGUCUUUGGAGCAUUAAAGGAUGUCGGAAAGGUACAUGCGAAAAAAGAAACAUCUCAGAGACAACUUUUAAAGGAACCAAGCAAAAGUAAGCCUGAGGCAUCACUUAAGUACUCAGAAGUAAGCUCAGAAAGAUACACUCUUCCGUUUGCAAACGAAGUCCCAGAAAGUGUAGCAGAGCUGGUGAAAAAGCUUCUGCUAAAUAUGAAAAGGAAUGAAGAAAAGGACGAGCUAUUCUCCAUUAUUUGGGACUUUGGUGGACAGUCCGUUUACUAUGCUACCCAUCCAAUCUUCCUGACAGAGAGAGCCAUAUAUAUUUUAACUUGUGAUCUAAGCUGUGAUCCGUACCAGAAAGCUAACAUUGUUGUGAGGAAAGGGCUGUACAAAAACAAAGAAGACAUUUGUUGCAACAAGACAAAUUUAGACAAUCUUGACUUUUGGCUUUCAUCAGUUUAUUCUUUGGUUGGUCCACACGCUGAUGGGCAGAACAUGUCUGUGUCCCUUGCCUCACCCACAAUAUUACCUAAAGUGUUUUUGGUAUGUACUCAUGCCGAUGAACCCUACUGUAGGAACAGGGAUCCCAGAGAGUUGGCGCUUGACAUCUAUGGACUUCUCAAAAACAAGCCUUACAGAAAUCAUUUGUUUAAGGACGUUUUUGUUGUCGAUAACACGAAAUCAGGAAGCCAAAACGAGUGUCCUGAGAUAGCGCGCCUCAGGGAAGAAAUAAUUUCUGUUGCCCAAAGUCUUCCGCAGAUGAAGGAGGCCGUUCCAUUGAAGUGGUUAAGGUUUGAACAUAUUCUCCGGUCUUUACUUGAAAAGCAGUACAAAUGGAUACCCAUUAAUGAAGCAAAGCAAAUUGCAACAGAUGAGUGUGCGAUCGACGACGAUGAGCAAUUUCGGACUAUGCUUGAUUUUCUGCAUGAUCAAAAGGUUCUGAUUCAUUUUAAUGAAACACCAGAAUUGAACAACAUGGUGAUCUUAGAUCCCCAAUGGCUCAUUGAUAUCUUCAAGAAGGUAAUCAGUGUUAAACGUUAUGAGCCGACAGAGUAUAUUCUUGAACAGUUUUGGCUCAAGCUGCACGAGACUGGAAUCUUAGAUGAAAGGCUCCUGGUUCACGAGUGGAAAUCUUUGAUUGAUAUGUACAGUGGAGAAACCUGUGGGAGCCUUAUCGCGUUAAUGGAGAGAUUCAGCUUGCUCUGCCCCUGGCCAUCUGACGGAGAACACAAACAGUACCUGGUGCCGUCCAUGCUGAUGUCGCCCCCUUCGCACAACCUCGUUGAGCUCCUUUCCUCUGUGAGAAUCCCUUCACUCUUUGUGAGGUUUGAUUUAGGACGAGUGCCUCCAGGCCUGUUCACACGACUAGUUCUCCAGUUUUAUCAGUGGUGCAAGCAGGAGUGGAAGAGCCAGAUACAACCCCAACUGUUCAGUAAUUUUGCUCGGUUUCACAUCCUUCCUGAUCAAGGGGUGUCUGUUAUCAUUAUGUGUCAUUCCUCUUCUAUUGAAAUCGCCCUUCACGAUGGAGGCGACUUUUGUGGAGCAAUGGAGGCGGAUUUCAUUGAUGAUUAUUCUAAUCUAGCCACCAGUCGUGCAAUUCAUUGGCAACUUAGACUCAUUCUCGAGUGCAUGCGGAGAGAGUUUAGCUGGCUAAAACACAUGACAUACGAAAUGUGCGUUUGCUGUCCAGUGUGUUCGCAGGGGAAUGCUGUCAGCUGUCGUACUCAUGAUGUCCGUGGCUGUGAGUGUCUUCACUUGUUGUCUGAAUCCGAGCUUCAGAAAUGUCAGUACUGCAACCGACCUGGUUUUCGUGCAGAUUGCAGAAUUCGCAUCAAAAUGUUUGCACCUUGGUUUUCAUUCACAGUCCCUGAAGAAAGCAGGAAUCCAGUGGAUCAGGUGCGUAUCUGUCUUACUCAUGUAAAUUUAUACAAUUCACGAGUGUGUUCUUCUCGAAUACUACUAAAACUACAGCAACUACUACUUCCUCAAUAUACAAAAUUUAAGCAUAAGCUGUUUCAGGAAGGGCAUGCAGAGUACAUAAAUUACCUGAUCUUGUCACUUUGAAUUUAACCACUUUUAACAAAAGAUAUCAUUAUCUAUAAUAAUAUACAACUUACUGUAAUGAAAAAAUAUAUAUACUUUAAAGCAACAACAAAAUUAAGGGUUUCCAAACUGUAUAUUCUUAAUUCGUUGAUUAUGUAUUUUUCUCAAGCAGCAAGGUGCAUCUGGAUGUGACGUGGGAGAACUGAGAAGCUAUGUAACUUACCAAGAAGGCAAGAACACUUAGAUCAGUUGUACUUUUUAAAAGUCAUAAUAUUUAUUGCAGUCACUUGAAGCCUUCUAUUGUAACAUGUUUACUUAAUUUAUAGAGAAGUCUCUUGCUCUUCCCCAUGAUGUUCUUCAGUGUAUUCAGACUCAGUCGAAAGAACCCAAGGAAAUUGUAGUUCAAUUUCAAGAGUAUCUGCAGUUAACUCCAGCAGAACUGGAAAAUCCAGAGCGUGGGACGCAAAGAUGGAUUCGGUAUCUCGCUAAUGAAGCUAAAUCUCAAAACAGAAUCGACGUAAUUGAGUACUUGAGGACGAUAGCACCUGCCGGUACUACAGGUACGUCCACAACAAAAACACCAUGUAAAAGUCCUUCUUUCUUUUAUUACCACGAGGAAAGAUACUUCUAAGUAGUAAGUGAAGUUUUUCCCGCAUCUUUCAGGAGAGAACUCGAGAGAACACUUCUCUUUUCAACAAUAGCCACCUCAUUUUCGCCACUUUUAGACCUUAAAAAAAGUUUAUGUUGGAACUUUGUAGAUGUAGAAGUAUAUACAGAGAUUUGUAUGUACAGUUAUGGUAGUUUGUUUCAUUCACACUAUGUUGUUUGGUAACCAGGUCCUUUAUUGAACGAGAACCUCGAUGUGCUUUGUAUUCCCUUUAAGAUGAGAAAGGAACUAACAUUUAGUCUUUGUGGUAAGUUUUAUUUAUUUCCUGAGAGCUUCUCACCUGUGUCCCCAAAAAAUGCCAAAAUUAUGUCUCUACAAUAUUGUCAAUAUCACGUGAAAAGAUUAUUUACUAGUUCCAGACAUUACUGUGAAACUCACAAAACCCUGAACACCAGAAAUAUUUAUGGAAUGUUAUUGUGUUGCGAGAAAUUAGCCAAUAAGGUGCGAGAUAACUAAAACGUAAACAGUAACGGUAAUUAGUUUGUGGUUUUGAGGUUUGCUUGCGUAUCCUGAACUUUAUUGUGAUUGGCCAGUACACAAUCAACAUUCCUGAAAUUUUUCAGGUUUUCACGGUUUUCUGAGUUUGACAGUAAAUUAUAUUCAAUACAACAACAACAACAACAAAAAUUUUAUUUAGGUUUUCCCAUCUAAAUUAACUAAAUUAUGGUUAGAAAACUAACUGCAUGAAAGACCAUCGCAGUUAAAGGCGCAACUUAUGAAGUUACGACAAAAAACAGGCUGAAAAAAAAAUUAUCUACUGAAGGUUACGAAUGUGCGACCACGACGGGAAACUUUCAAAGCCGACAUUUUCUGAUGGAACAAAACAUGCCAUGACAAAUUUUCCAUUAUCAUUUUAAACGUCUUUAGAUUCCUUAAGAAAUUAAUUGCAAAAUGGGAGUCGUUGAACUUUUUCGAGAGCCUUUUUCGCUCUUUUGCAUUCACUGAGAGGCUGUAGCGACACCGGCUAUCUUUUGGCUCCUUUCGCCCACGAUCAGAUCCUCUUAUAACACCGUCAGAAUAUUCAAACAACUCAACAUUAAUCGAUUUCGGCUCAUUAGCUGAGCGAAAAAAGAUGCAGGACCAGGGUUUUCCUGAGAUCCAGAAAUUCGUCUACCAUGGCAACGUGACGUAACAACUUCUCUCUAUUCAUUUUGAGGUGGCUGGUGAAAAGCAGUAACUAACGAUGCAUUUGAAAUAUGCAGAAAUGUUAGCUGUUGUUGUCCACGAAAAGAUAAAACUUGGAGACAAUACCCAUGAAAAAUGAGAGGCUUUCACUUGUAACACGAAAUUUCUGGCAAACUUUUAGCGAAUUGUAGCCCUUAAUUAAUUUACUGCCUUACAAUAUAUCAAUAAUCUUGAAACUCAAAGGUCAUAUAAACGACGGUUAAUCUCGAAAAUCUUAAAUUUUAAAAGCAUCUAUAGAGUGGUUUAAAAAUUAUUCGCUUAUUUGUUAAAGUUGACCAAAAUGUUUACAAAACCGCUAACUAGAGCUCCUCGAUACAUACUAAUCAAAGCAUCCUUUCUAGCAAUCGCCUUGAGCUAUCUCCUUGAUCUUUCACACGCGUUUUUAAAGAGACUGAAACUACUAUGAGGUGAAAUUGCAUUUCAAAACUCUUCGCUUUCUACAGAUAACGGCCAAACAUCAAUAUUGUCCAGUUUUUACCCGUAUUUCUAACCAUUCCAAUAUAUCUCGAUAUCUCCAUACCGCACUUACCGAUUGCGCUGAAACUUCAAAAACUUCGGGGCGGCUAUUGAAGGAAAAAGCUCUCGUGAACGAUUUUGGAAGGACAGUUCCCAGUGCCGAGAAAUUCAUGGCGUCAUUUCGUUGCCAUUGUAACCAUGAUCAGAACAAAUUUUCAUCUUUAUCUAGUACAGCUGUAGUGGUAAUUUUUCCAAAUCUGUCGGUUAAUGGUGACGUAGUUUAUGUUCAAACUUGGGAGGGUUUGAUCCUGAAAAACCCUAAUUACUGUCACACCAAGAUGGGUUCAACAAGUUUAUUGGCAAAAUGACAAACAAGAAAUCUGACAAAAGACAGACCCUAAGAGUGGAAAGGGUGGGUUGUCAAGGCCUAACGCUAGGAGAUUGUCCAACAACUAAAGCACAUGUAGAGGUCACAUGAUCAAUUCUGGCCAAUGACUGUUCGCCAUUAAUUACAUGUAUUAACAUAAAUUAAUACUACCCAAUUACUGUCACACCAAGAUGGGUUCAACAAGUUUAUUGGCAAAAUGACAAACAAGAAAUCUGACAAAAGACAGACCCCAAAACCCAAGAUGUGAAGUAAUGAGGAAGUAGUGAAAGCUAAGUGGUAGUGACCGAAUCAUGAGUUGUAGGGAUGUGCUGAGCUAAGGUUUUAGCAACAUUGAGUUUUUGAGUGGUGUUGAGAACUAAAUAAACCAUAUAAGCAUCUGAUGACCAAUCCCCUAAGAAUUUAAUGAACAAGGGUGAAGCACCAGCAUGAAAGGCAAAAGUAGCACCUCCCCUUCGGAAGCUGUGGGGAGAAUAUUGUGUGGGAUCCAACCCAAGACUAACUAUGCAAGACUUAAGGAAUUUAGCAAAAUGAUACCCUGUAACAGGCUUGAAUCCUGUUGAGGUAUGAAUAGUAAAUAAAGGUGCCUCGGUGUCCGCGGGGACAUAGCGAAGAUGACGUUUCAAUGCGGAAACAGGACAUAACACUGAGUGAGGGAUGAAUGGCAGAACAAUUUCAAGGGCCCUCUGCCUAAACUGAAUAGUUUUGGUUUUGUGUACAUGGAGUGUACAGUGGUCUUGAUGAAAGCUAACAUCACUAAUUAUUAAGUGAGUAGCUGAAGCACUGGUAACAUCGGCUAUUGUGGUAGGAACUAAAUUAGAUUUACGCAACAAUGAGAAAAAUGCAACAUGAAAAAUUGUCCACAUGCAAACAUGCAAGGGGUGACGAAAAUCCAACAACUUGAAAAUGGCUAACAAAAUGUCGACAGUAAUAGGUAAUUUACGCCCUACUGGUUUGGCUAGCACACGUUUGGCAGCCUGUUUGAGAAAAUUAAUCUGUGAUGAUGCAAAAAAGGUGACAUCAGCUCCUAAGUAUAGAUUAACUUGCUUAAGGCAACUGAGAUAAUUGUUAACAGAAUUAUAUGAAGAAAAAUAACCUACAAGAAAGGCUAAAUAGAGCCAAUAGACCUGCUCAGUUACUGGAAAGGCUGGUAGGUCAUAAGUUUUACAAAAUAAGAAAUAGGCUCUAAGUUGUGUUCUGCGGGUACGCAUUGUUCCUUCACUAAGUGCUGAUUUCUUGAGCAGACCAAGGUAAUGGACCAGGAAUUCUGCAAAGUAUGUAAUAAAUACCAAUAUUAAACGCCAGCAGGUUAAGUGCAGGUAAAGGAAAACAGCAGAGGGUUAACUGUAACUGGCUGCAACUCAAGGGAAACUGUUAAGGCAUGGAAUCAUGAUUGGUAGAUGGCAGCUGUAUGCCACCUACUAAGGCAAUCUGCUAAUGUGUUUUCAUGUCCAGGAAUGUGCACAGCCUUGAGCAUGAUGUUGUUAACUGCUAAUGUCAGCCAUAAUUCCCGUAAACAAGCUUGUAAGAAAAUGUGCCUGCUACGCAUAGAGUUUAUCAUUUCAACGCAUGCCUGGUUGUCACAGUGAAUCAUUAUGCAUCUGCCUUUUAACUUUAAUUGCCAUAGCUUGACUGCCACAACCACUGUGAGAAGUUCCAACUGCGUAAUGGAUAACUGCUGCUGAGUAAUAAUUGGCGGGAAGAGUUCAUGGAAAUAUUCUCCUUCACAGAUGGCUCCACAUCCUGUCAGGCUAGCAUUGGUGGAAAAUAACUGUUCGCUGGAUUCUAGAAACUCUGUACCUAUCACUGAGACACCAUUGUAUUUGUCUAGAAAAUGUAGCCACCACUGUAAGUCCAGUUUGAGCUCAUAUGACACAGGAAUAGUUCUUCUACGCGAAUCACAACUGCGCAGUUCAUUCAACAAACACGACAUAAAAGCCUGCCCAGGGCGCACACAACUGCACACGUAACUCAAUUUACCAAUGAGGACUUGCAAUUGAUGUUUAGUGGCUUGCUCCAGUUCAAGCCAAUGAGAAAGUUCAGCUCGCAAUUCCAAUAAUCGAAACUCAGGAACCGAUACAGUCAUGUCAUCCGUAUUGAACCAAAUUCCAAGCACAAGCAUUUGUGUGUUCGGCAAUUGAUCUUUGGCGGGGGAGGCUUCCAAGCCCAGUUCAUCAAACAAUUCAGUCAUCCUUUUGAAUGCUACACCUGCUAACUCUGCUAACUCAACGCCAUAAAAGUCAUCAAUGUAGACAUCAGCAAGAUAACCCUCUGUAGUUAAUAUAUGAAUCACUGCUUUUGUUACUCGCUGGCAUACCAUAGUGGCCGAGCGAAGUCCAAAAGGAAAGCGUGUGUGAAAAUAUAGUUGCUUGUUCACAACAAAACCAAGAAAAGGAACAUCCUUGGGAUCCAGGGGCAUUUGUUGGAAGGCCCGGGCAAGGUCUUUCUUGUAGAUAUGACAAUGACGUCCACGUAAUCGAAUGAAGUGAGUAAGUCUAUCAACACCUGGAAGUGUUAACUUGUAUUCAUGAUUUAAAUAAUUAUCCUUUGGUAUUCCGGAAUUAACUGAUGCACUCUCAGGGAAGCUUAAGUCAUGAAGCACCCGUAACUUUGAACUGUCCCGUUUUGGCACUGUUUGUAACGGCGACACAACACAUGGACAGGAAAAUGGAUUGCACGAAAAUGGACCAAUAAUUGCUCCAUGAGCAAGUUCCUCAACGAGAUAAUCCAUCAGACACAAAUUGUUUUUGAUGGCAGAGGAGUGGUUAUUCAAAGUAGACUGUGGCAACACAUUUGACUGAUAAUUAAUUGGCCAACCAUAACGCAAGUAUUGGACUAUAAUAAAAUCAUCAUAAUCAUGCAGGUAUGUGAUCCAGUUGUCAAUAUUGAACGAGGUUUUAAUGGGCACUUGUGCAAGAGCAAAAUUGUAGUCGCCUGAACGCAAGACCGUUUCGAUAAUGUCAAUGUUUUCAACUAGUCAUUGUGGCUUUUGCUGAGCAGAUUUGUUAGUUGGAAUAGGAUAUCUCCGUUUAGCACAAUGGAGCAUGGGAUGCUGAUCAGAAUCACAUACUCUGCAGUGAUGCGUGUUCUUGUACUCCGGGUCAGUGAUGUUACAAGAGCAUUUGGCGGUAUAAUUCCAGUCAGUACAAUACAUAUCUUUCUGCUCUCGCCGAGGGGGGUCGCGUUGCUGGCGUGGACCUGAAAACUUGGAGCCUGUAUUCUGACUGGAACGAAGAUCAGCAUGACUAAAGAAAGUAUUCGAUCGAGCUUGAAUGACAUCCAUUUGACCCCAGGUAAGCCUACCUUGUGCCAACGCUUGGUUAAUAGACAAAUUAAAAUUUCGAACACUCGGCCAGGAGUAGUUCAUAGCUUUUUCCAUAAGCAACUGGAGAAACUGAAGCAGAUGUUGGUGUUGUGAUUGCUGCUGUUGUUGAACAAACUCAAGAAAGGCAAACACAAAUUCUGAAAUGUCAAUUUUAUCAUAAUCCAACGUACCUUUUGCGGAGAAAACAGUGUGCCCUUUAGCACUUGCUUUGAGCUGCUGCAGAACCGGAAAGGUGGGAUUUGCUAGCUGAAUCUGCUCCUCUCGCGACGGUGGGGUCAGUUCAUUCAUAAGCGACGCAAGGAUUUUUUCUUGCGACUGGUCGUGCAUAAGUUGACCACGUGCAUCAGCUGACAUUUUGACUUGUGUUGUUUGGAGUGCUUCUGCGCCGAGUUUUUCUUUCUGUGAAAGAAGCUUUAACUCCAGUUGAGGUUUUUGCUGUUUUAACCGCUCCAGCUCCAGUUGGUCUUGAAUGUUGGCGGAUUUUGUAGAUUUCUUCUUUGCCACAGCGCCCGUCAAAGCUGGCGUUGUCGCUGGGACCUGUGCAGCCGACUGAGCGGCCGCCGAGGGAGUCGCAUUUGGAUCAAAAUCAGUAGGAAAAACCAUAGUAGGAAAGUCACACACAAAAUCUGGAUUGAGUGGUUGUUUGACUGAUCUUUCAGGCUUGCAAGCUGCCAUGGUUGAGGAUACUCAAUUGAGGAAGCGUGGAAAGAUGACACACCAAGAGUCGCCACAAAUGAGCUGGAGUUCUUUCAAUAAAAGCCGGUGGCUGAAUAAAGGACGUUUGGUUUCUUUAAGGUGACUGACGAUAAACAGAGUUGCCUGGAGUAAGGAAGAGGCUCCUGGAUCGAUUUUGGACGGAGAGUGAUCUGGCGAAUGACAGAGAUCACGGAGCGACUUUUGUCAAGGCCUAACGCUAGGAGAUUGUCCAACAACUAAAGCACAUGUAGAGGUCACAUGAUCAAUUCUGGCCAAUGACUGUUCGCUAUUAAUUACAUGUAUUAAUAGCAAUACUACCCAUCGAGCCACAUUAAGUCACACUUAUUUCGCUGCCAUCGUAGUCUUGGUUACUUAAGCACCCCAUUGCAAUAUUAUAUGUCAUCCUCAUAAAAAUUAUUUUAAACUUAGUGUUCAACAAGUUUAAAAUUAAAAUCAUACCUCAUACUUCAAAGAAAAAGCCAGUUGUCUUGAAGAACGCAUCUGACGUCACACAAAAAUAUCAUUCAGUGUUCUAGAUAGUAGGUUUCUCCUAUUAAGCGCUACUGUUUCUAUAAACUUUCCAAUAAAACGGAAUCUGAAACUUUUAAAUCACUUUUGUUUGCUAGGUGGAGAAGAAUGGAAACAGCUUGCAGAGAGCUUUGGUAUGUCUUACAACGAAAUCCGCUUUCUUGAUAAGAGAACCACCAACCCGUGCGACGUUGUUCUUGAUCUUAUUGCGAAACACCGCCAUUUGAUGGUUGGGGAACUUUACGACAGACUCGUCAUGAGCGGACUUCCAGGAUCAGCCGACUUACUAUAA